AAGUUGAGAAAAAGCCAUAAGGAAGCACUUGUACCACUUGUACAGGGAUAAGAGUUGUCCUUGUUUCCAGUUUCAGUAAACAUGGUAAACAUCACUUCCAUGUGUGCUGCAUGUGUUUGUGAGGUGGGUCUGAUAUCUGAUCUUGUGUAGUGAAGUUUGUAUGAGUAAUGCUGUCAGAAUUUCACCAUUGGCUACAGAAUCAGGGUCAGGCAGUUGUCAGCUUUCCCCAGAUGCAGCAUGUCACCUGAUCAGAGAUAGCUCCUGCAAGUGAUUUUUCAUAAAAGCUGCUGCAAAGUUGGAAUUAAUCACUCCAACAUGGAUGUGAACCCCUACAAACGUUGUGAUGCCUGUUACCUGAUUCCCACCCGUGUCCUGUGUAUAGGGCUUGUUAUCCUCCAGGGUGCUAUAAUAGACUACUAUCUGAUCCAACACAACAACAGCUACUGGUAUGCAUGGAUAGCAGCUGAUGUAGCCUUGAUCUUUAUAUUCAUCAUGGCAUUUCUCUUCUCAUAUCGUCACCUUCAACUUGUUAAAAUUACUUCAAAUGAACAGGCCCCUGUUCGGGCAGGCAGUCUCCCUCUUGGGUUCUUCGCCUGGUUUGUGUACUCGAUCAUUCUUGCAGUUCGUGUUGGAAUAAUAUUUAAAAACUUUGCAUGGAAACUUAAAGAAGAAGAUUUCUUUGGUCCAAAUACUCUCAAGAUCGCUGUUGCUCUUUCAGCUUUAGUGUUCGUACUGCUGUUGUUAUCACAUCAUGAUGCCCCACCAAAAAGUGAACGACAAAAACACAUCGACAUUCUUACACAAACUGUCGUGUUUGAUAUUUUAGAUUCUGUUGAUGUCCUGGAUGUGUUUUUUGAAAAGGAAAAUGUGGACGCUCUUAAAAUUCUCCCAGGAAUUAACUGGGGAAUCAUCUGCAUAGCGUGUGCCAACCUCAUCAUCCCCACUCUCCCACUCAUGGCGCUGAGUCGGAUACACUUCGGCUACAAGUUCCUUCCAGAAACACUGGAGACUUUACACAAGAUGCUGCUGUUGCUAGUCAUCAACACCCCGCUGUUUACGCUGCGUCUCAUCCUCUGGCAUCGACUGGAUCAAGACGUGUCCACCUUCAUCAUGAAGAACUUUCUUGUCAUUGGUCUGGUGAUCUAUGACUUUUACAACAAAGGUCGAUUCCGGCGAAUGCAUGGUGGUACGGAAGAAACGGAUGGUGCGAAGAAAAGGGAGAUGGAAGAGAUAAUGCUGAGGGAUCAUAAUGCCAGCUUUGAUAAGAGUCUUCAAACAUGAAGGUGAAGGUCAUCACAAGGCCAAGGGUUAUGACAUAUUUCUCUCUUGAUGUGUUGGGUGAAGGUCAUCACAAGGGCAAGGGUCAUGACAUCUCGCUCUUGAUUUAUUGGGUGAAGGUCAUAACAAGGGCAAAGAUCAACUGAAGGGCAAGGGUCAUGACAUCUCACUCUUGAUUUAUUGGGUGAAGGUCAUAACAAGGGCAAAGGUCAACUGAAGGGCAAGGGUCAUGACCUCUCACUUUUUUCUCCUGUCACAGCUGUGAUGGGACAAAAUGGCAAUUAAGGCGUCACUUUGAAAGUUAAAGUAGUCAGAAUACCAUUCUGUUCUGAGAAUUGAACACUAACGUCAAUUUCUUGAUGUUUGUUUGCAAUACAAACUUGACAAUCAUUAUACUACAUCAGUAAUUGGCUUUGCAGAAAGACAGCAAAUUCUUGAAAUUAAAUUUCAGCAUACAUGGCCAUACUUCACUCACUUAAGUUUGAUAUUCAACUUAUAUUUCUGUCAGACUUACUUAGAUUUUUAUCACUUCCUAUUGUAUUAUUGUUUCAAAGUAUUCUUUUAAAUGUGUGUAUGUUGUGUGUUUAGAAAUGUUUCAUUGUUACAUGAACAUUAUGAUUCAUUGCAAAAAUGCAGUAGAAUGAAAGACUGGAAUUAAUUUCUUUUGAAUUAUUUAUUAGAUGUUUCGCAUAAACAUGAUAAAGGGAAAAAAUACUGCCAGCCAACAUGUGUGGGUUAAGCCUACAGCAUCUAUACGGUAUCUUACUGCAAUGGUUUUAGAUACAAAUUGUUUGUUGCCAUAUUUGUUUAUAUUUUUGCAUCACAUAUUUUAGGUCAUUGUUAGUAAGCAUUACAAAACAUCCGUUUUACUGUAAGGAGCUUGUAUUGCAGAGAGUCUUCUCUCCAGUUGUAUUGGGUAUGUAGUGGAGUUUAUGGAAAUUUAUCAAAACAUCAGUCACCAAUAGAAUUGGUAUUUUACAUGCAAGGUAAGAUGAUAAAUGUAUCUUCAAUUUGUUCAUUUAUAAGUGUGUAUACCUUUGUUGCAGACAAGUGAAAAUAUAAAUUAGUUCUAAAGUCCAUCACUGGAUUGAUCACACAACACCAUAAGCAUUAUGAGGUCGUCAAGUUGCAUCAAUGGACCUAGGAUAUAUAUCUGGUUAUCACCUUAUACAGUUAGUUAUUAAGAAUUACAUUUUGAAAGUAAGGGAGAUUUUACACGGAACUAAAAUAUUUAUCUGAUUUGUUCAUUUAGUCAUUGCUAGUUAAUAUCUGUAUGUAGUGUUAACUGUAAGUAGAGUCCACUUGGCUUGUUCAUAUUGCAUAAAAUCAAAUAGAAAUUUUAAUAUGAAUACCAAUGCAAAAUUAAGAAUUCACUGUCACAGAAAUGUUUACCGGUACAUACAAGUAUAUUUAGAUGGACAAUGAGGAGGUAGAAAAUUCAAUUUUAAACAUUUAAUCAGCCUAAUAGUCAGCCUAGUUCAUAUUUAGCAUUUAAUUGAUUCAUUGCAGGUCUACAUAGGUAAUUGUUGUCUAAACACAUAGGGAAUAUCCUACCGUAUAUAGCUGUGUGUAAGGCGACCCCACGUAUAAGACGACCCCCUGUACACGCCUUCGAAAUUGUACAUAUCUAGUCAUUAGAUCCUCAGGAAAACCCUUAAAUUAUUAAUCAAAGAAUUUGAUGGUCUCUGUAUGAAGGUUGGUACUACCCACAACACAACUCAAGGAUCCACCAAGCUGUUUCUAAUACUGCAUACUACUGCAUGCAAUACAAAACAAUACUCAUUCACUCACUCACUCACUCACUCUCAUAGAUUGUUUUAUUCAUUCAGAUCAUUCACAGUUUGACAAUCAUCCUUGUGUUUUUUAGUUGUCCCCUGACUUUGUGGGGCUGGCUUUAUCAUUGUUUAACGGAAGGAUAGAUUGAAAAAUAAUAUUUGUACUUGAUGUAUUUAUUACAGAACCACUUUUGUGACAGAUUUUGUAGAUCAAAGAAUUCUGUCAGGAAUGCAACAUUUAGUUUCCCAGUUUGAUAUAUAGUGGGGUUAUUGUUCUUGUCUGUUACCAUGGUAACCACCUCAUUCACUAUCAUUACACUUAGUCACUACAGACAUAAGUGCUGUUGUAUAAAACAAUCUUAGCGCUAAGACUGUUGUGAGUCUUUGUUCAGAUAUGGGAGUUACGAUCACCUUAGCACUAAAAUUGCUUUGUACAAUGUCACCCUGUAACUAUGAACAGUAUAUAGCAAUAGUCACUGGAUUGCUUGCCUUUGACUGGUGAGAAGUGACUAAGUACUCAGUUUCUAUUCUGAACUUUUAACACUUUUAAAUGUUACAUUCUGAAAGAAUGUCUUGCUCAGUUCCAUAAAGCUUUUUGAAAUUCAGUUAUGAUGUUUGUGAUUCACUGUGUUCAUCUAACCAGAAGUUAGCCAGUUAUAUCUCUGUGUGGAUGUGGAUGAAAUGAAACAGUCACUAUGACUAAGAUAGAGGUUUGUAAAACCCACUAGCAAUGGCAAUGGUACAGUUAAAAUAAGGAUCAUAAUCUGGUAAAGUAUGAUUUCAACAAUCUAUCAGCAGAUCCUGGUAUGGCUAAGGGAUGGAACUCUGCAAAGCACAUAGCCAUCUGUGCACCAUCUUCAUGAAGAAUAUACUUGCUGCAUCUCUAGUUUUGUACAUGCAGUAUAUUUAGUCUGCUUCCAUCUUCAUCACGUUCAGGCCUGGAUCGGGUCACCGGUGGCCAAGUUGUCUAAGGCACUGUGCAGAGUUGCGUCCCUUGGUCCCUUGGUCACAGAAACCUGUGAUGGUGGGUUCUAUUGAUUACAAGUUUGCCCCAAUGGUGUUUCUAGGUGUUUGUUGGUUUCACCAAAGUGGUAAACAUGGUAAAGAUCUGAGACCUGCAUCACUUCAGGUUGACACGAUGUUAUGUAACUGCAAUACUGUUCAAUGCGGUGUUAAACCAACUCACUCACACCAGCAUGGCAGCGAAGUAGUUAUUACUUUGAUGAACAUAUUUUGCUAUUGAAAAUGUUGAAAAUAUUGUAAAACAUUGUUGAUAUUUUUUAACUUUUAAUUUGAAAUGAAUGUCCUUUUGAAGACAUUUACCUACUUUUGGUCACCUUUUUUUGAUAACCAGCUAAUACUAUAACACAUGUUUGUUACCAUCAUAUAUUUUUGAGGUCAUAUAUAUAUAUAAAUGAAAAAAAAUCAAAUACUUAUCCCUGUCCAGAACCAUUGUAAUAUACUCAUGUUUUAAAUUUAGCAUUUAUAAUAGUAGAAUUUUGUGAUGCUAUGUGUUAACUUGUGAACCCCAAGAGGUAUAUCAUGAUUGUACUGAUGACCCUUUGUAUAAGAUCAGUGAUCAUCAUCAUAAUCAACAUCCAGUAAGACUGUUUUAUUGUAGUGGAAGUGCUGUCUCUUGUUAAAGAAAAAGACAUAUUCUUUAUACAUUUUUAAGUCUUUAAUAUAUAUUUCUUACAAAUGUCUUGAAAACAAAUUGUGGCAAAUAUUUUAAAGAAUGUUCUCAAUUUAUCAUGUGUAUGUAAACAACAGUCUGCAUUCUUUGUUUUUCUACUCUAUUUUCGAAGUGACUUUGAAACG